AUGCUUCGACUCGACCCUAUCAUCCACCCUGACACGAGAAACAAGAGAUUCAAGUUUGAGGAUUUCCUUCGCAGUGAGUACUCUUUCGGUCUAGAUCCCGACAGACCCGUGUGUCAGUUCUACCGACCCAGCCAACCUUCGUCAUGUCCCAAUGGACCUCUAUGUCCCAACAAGCAUGUUCCUGCUAUGUACAACAACAAAAUCGUGUGCAAACAUUGGCUUCGAGGGCUUUGUAAGAAAAAUGAUCACUGUGAGUUUCUUCACGAGUACAACUUGAGAAAGAUGCCCGAGUGUCUCUUCUACUCGAAGAACGGGUAUUGUACUCAGACACAAGAGUGUUUAUAUUUGCAUAUCGAUCCUCAGCAGAAGAUCCCUGAGUGCCAGGCGUACGAACAGGGCUUCUGUCCUGAGGGUCCCAAGUGUCCAAACAGACAUGUUAGGAAAAUCAUGUGCCCGAUGUAUUUGACUGGCUUUUGCCCUAAGGGCUACGAAUGUGACUAUAGUCAUCCUCGGUACGAUCCAAACAUCAUCAAGGAAAGUAAAGUAAAGAAGCUAAUCAAGGGUGAGACAAGAGAGCUUGAAAAGAUAUCUUAUGAUCAGCCUAUUACUGAUGUGGUGAGAACAACUGAGUCCCCUGCUCCAGCAAGCUAA